CAUGGUGUAUUGAAAGUAAUUUAAGAUUUAAGGACCCAUUCCUGACAUUAAAUAAUAUAUUGAUGAUAUCUUGUCACUCAAUAACACAUAUUUCGAAAUGUCUUCACAAAUAGAAUCAAUUACACCAACGUUUGAAAUAAUUAUUGACGAUGUAUCGGAGAAACUUGAACCACGUGACUUAUUCUGUCAGAUGGACGCUUUGCGUCACUACAAUGACGACUUCGUCUGGAAGGAGGUACGAAGAUGGGUGAAAUUUGAAGAAGAAAUAGAAGAAAAAGGAAAAAGAUGGUCAAAACCACACGUAUCAUCGAUCUGCAUGCAGUACCUGACAGAGUUACAUUUAAUUGUGGCAUCUAAUCCGUGUUUACUAGAUAUAGAGGCGACAUCUAUGUUCGAUAUAGUCGACACAUUAUUGGAGCAAUGGCGGUUCAACGGAAGCUUAAAUAGUUUGCUAUGGAAUCACGUGAGAGCUGUUCUGCUUAAAAGGCACAAACAUCAGCAUGUCGGCAGACGACAGAUAAAGCGCCACCAAAGCAGAGCCAGUAAUCUGUUCCAAGGGGCGUUUCUCAGUGACGAAGAGGAUGCGCCGUCAUCACCGGAAAUCAGAAGUAGAAUGAAUGGAGGAUACCAGCCGAGCACACAGAGCCUGUCUGAGCUGGCCAACGGAAUUGAAAAUGGCGAUGUCAAAGCAAGCAAUCCUAAUCUACUAUCAUUCGGUGGAGAGACCAAUAGAAAAUUCAAAAGGAAGAUUCCAGACGGAGCUGAAGUUAUGAAUAUAAUGGUAGGCGAGGUGGAAGAACUUACUAACAACCUGUGUGCUUUUGUGCGUCUGCGCGAGGCAAAGGAUUUGGGAAAAAUAACGGAAGUCGACUUGCCAACUCGUUUCCUGUUUAUACUACUGGUUCCUAAAGCCCAUUUAGAACCAGCAAUAGAAGCUGGUCGAUGUAUGGGAGCACUAAUGACAGAUGAGAUUUUCCGGGAGAUUGCCUACAGUGCCGAGGAGAAAAAUGAUAUUCUCUCAGGAUUGCAGGAGUUCAUCAGUCAAACGAUUGUGCUGCCUCCUGGAUCAUGGGACCCUAGCAUCAGAAUUGAACCGCCAGCCGAAAUUCCCACAAAGGAAUCGAGAAAACCUCCAGCGUACGCAACUAUUGUUAUUAAUAAGAAUGAAGAAGAUAGCCAUGAUGAUCCCACCUUAGAAAGAACAGGCAGAGUAUUUGGUGGCCUCAUUGCUGACGUAAAACGUAAACUUCCGUACUACAAAAGUGAUUUUACCGAUUCAUUACAUAUACAGUGUGUGGCAUCCUUCAUUUAUCUCUUCUUAGCUACAUUAACCCCUAAUGUGACCUUUGGUGGACUUCUAUCAGACGCAACAGAUGGCUCUAUGGGAACAAUUGAAUGUAUUCUGGCAGCAUCAAUUACAGGAGUUAUAUUCGCACUAUUUGCUGGACAGCCACUAAAUAUUCUAGGAAGUACAGGACCUAUGCUUGUAUUGGAGAUGAUACUGUAUAAUUUUUGCAAAGAUCAUGAAUGGGAUUUUAUGCCUGUACGUGUAUGGGUAGGCUUGUGGACUGCACUUUUAAUCCUUAUCAUUGUUGCGUUUGACCUAAGCUCAUUGGUUCGUUACAUAACAAGAUUUACCGAAGAAUGUUUUGCUUGUCUCAUUGCACUCAUAUUUAUAUACCAAGCCUUUCUGCAGUUAUAUAAAAUCGGGAUAGACUAUCCAGUUCACCGUAAUACUGAAUUAGCAACUGACAGUGGAUGUUUUUGUAUCAUAAACAAUUUUACCAUUCCAACAACGACACCAAAUCCAGAAGAAGGCUUGUUAGUUCGUCAUGUCAGAUCGGCUUCUCUCAGUCUAUCCUCAAAUGAAGAUAUAGUAACUCGCUCACCAAGAGACGAAAUGCCUUCACAUCAGUUUAUUGCACCUUCAAAUUGUUCACUUUAUGGCGGAAUUUUAAAUGGAAACGGAUGUGAUAGUUAUCAGUAUGUCCCGGAUGUGUUGUUUAUGUCCGGUAUAUUAUUCUUUGGAACAUUUAUAAUUGCAAAAAUAUUGGUGUCUUUCAAAAAAACACGUUAUUUCUCUACAAUGGUAAGACAAACAGUGAGUGACUUUAGUGUUCUGAUUGCCAUUGUAUCGAUGGUGGCAUUGGAUGCAGGGUUUGGUGUACCAACACCUAAAUUGAAUGUUCCAUCUGUAUUUAAGCCUACAAAGCCUGGAAGAGGAUGGUUUAUAAACCCUAUCAGUGAUAAGAAUCCAUGGUGGUUAAUCUUGGUGACGGCAUUACCCGCCCUUCUGACAACAAUCUUGAUCUUUAUGGAUCAACAGAUCACAUCCGUGAUUGUCAAUAGAAAAGAAAAUAAGCUCAAGAAAGGAGGUGGAUACCAUUUGGACAUGCUAGUAGUAGCAGUACUAAUUGUGAUGUUAUCAUUUCUUGGGCUACCAUGGUAUGUUGCAGCAACGGUCUCGGCAAUGGCUCACGUGAUGAGUUUAAGGAAGGAGUCCGAAUGUACAGCACCAGGAGAGAAACCAACAUUCCUUGGAGUUAGAGAGCAGCGGGUAACAGCAUUAUUGGUUGGUGUGUUUAGUGGAUUGGCCGUUUUGAUAACAUCAAUAUUAAAGUAUAUUCCUAUGCCAGUUCUCUACGGCGUAUUUUUUUACAUGGGAGUUGCUUCACUCAAAGGAAUGCAGCUAAAAGAUAGAUUUCUUCUCUUGAUAACGCCACAAAAAUAUCAACCGGACUAUAAAUAUCUCCGUCAUGUGCCACUCCAGAAAGUUCAUAUAUUUACCGGUAUACAGUGCGGAUGUUUAGGUAUACUCUGGAUUGUUAAGAGUGUCAAGGAAAUAUCAAUAGGAUUUCCCAUAAUGGUACUCGGAACAUGUUUCAUUAGGAAAGGUCUGGAGCUGAUAUUUAAUAAUCAUGACUUGAAGUGGCUGGACGAUUUGCUUCCUGGUAAACAGUUAUUUCGAAAAGACAGCGAAAAGAAAAUAAGAAAGCCGUCCAAAUAUAUAAAGAAAAAGACAAGUCGAUCAAAGUCGAUGCCGAUCUAUACCUCUCAGCAACCAGUUAUAAUGGAAACGAGUUUCCCGCCACCAAUACCAUAUCUUCAACGAACAAUAUCCCAGGAAUCAGUACACUCAGCCAGGAACCAGGACAUAUUUGAAAAAAGAGCAACUCGGAAGUUGUCGUUGCUAUCUCUUCCGACGAAUUUCAGUUAUAUGGAAGAACUCGAAAAAACUGGGCACGAUCUUAAUGCAAACAGAAAGGGAUCUUCUCGUUCUAUAAAUAUAUACAAGUGAGAACCUACGAGAUCUAUGCAUCAAAAGUGUUGAAAGUGUUUUGAACAACACAACUUAAAUAUUGUAAAUAUCCGUUAAUAAGAACAGCUCAACGUUUUGUGCGAUGUUGGUGUAAAUGGAAUUCGAGUUCAUUGCAGAUGUCCUUGCCACGUGGUCCUUACAUACCGUUGGAUAUUGUGGUCCAAUGUAAGGAUUUAAUUUUCGAUGUUUAAGACCUAUAAUAUAUUUUAACAUUCCCUUAGGCUAGGACAUUAUUUAUUUUUAGGAAUAUGUCGUUUUCUUGUAAUACUUUUUUUUAAAACUAGAAUUGUUAUAGUAAUGCAAGGUAGCGCGAAAAUAUACCCGGAACUUACAGAUUUGUCUUGAGGAAUUGACUUUUACGAUUUUGUUUUUAUCGUCCAAUGAGAAUCUCAUAUUUGUACAUAUGUAAAUUAAUAUGGAAUUGUGCAAUUUCAUUUAUUUAUAAAAAGAAUCAUUGCUAAAUAUGUUAUUUUUUUAAAUUUAAUUGUGUGCAUACAAGUGAACUCAAUAGUAUGUUUUCCAGAUUUUGUUUCCGAUUAAUAUAAGCUUAAUUUCAACUGA